AUGUAUAGUGAAUUGCUAAAUUCAACCAGUGCCACUGAAGCUCACCUAAUCAUUCAGACCAACACGCCCUACCUGAGCAGCACACCGAGACCUGUGAGCUCCUCCGCUUUUUACAUGUCGACAGCCAGGGUGUUAAAAGAAGGGGAAAUAAAUAAGCCAGACCUGGUGACUUACAUCAUUCUGUUUUUCUUUCUGCUCUUGACUGUGACGCUCAUUGUGCUCUUCAUAAACUGCCAGCUGAAAAAUUCUUUUUUUGCUACUCUUCCUUACGACAGAUCGCUCAGAGAAGCGAGGAGCCCGUGGAGGACACAAGCUGUCUGA